AUGGAUGUUCCUGUCGCUGCCAAUGUCCUAGGCACCCUAGGGGCCUUGAUUCCCCAGAUUGUCGUUAAUUAUCGUCGACAUAAUGCGACUGGUCUGCAGCCAUCCAUGAUGAUGCUCUGGGCCUGGGCGGGUGUUCCUCUUGGUGUCUAUAACAUCGUCAAGGAGUACAACAUCGCCCUACGCAUUCAACCCCAGAUCUUGACGUUUUUGAGCCUGGUCACUUGGAUUCAAUGCUACUACUACGAGAGAAAAUGGAGCGUCUACAGAUCACUCCUCGUGGUUCUGCCCAUCGCAGCCGUCAUGGGGGGCAUUCAGGCAGGCCUCAUCAUUGCCCUCCGCAUCCCUGAGUCCAAAGACAUUGAAUGGCCCAUGAUCCUGAUGGCCUCUCUCUCUGCAGCCCUUCUCGCGGCGGGCCCGGAACUCGAUUACCUCGGCAUCGUCAUCUACGCGACAGAGUUCGUUCUUUGGUGUGGUGUCUUUGCUGCGGGGGGAUACUACAACUUCCUCCCAUGGAUCAAGAAGAGGUGGUCCACCAGGGAGUCCAAGAGAGUUGUUGGGCAAGAGUUCCAGUCAAGCGGAGGAUCUCGUGAAGGAGACAAUGGCAUCACGCUUCAUGAGAAUCCUUCAUCAAGCUCUGUUUUCCGUACUGCGUCUGGAAACUCAGGACUCAGGGCUCGUAAUGCGCAGGGUCGUGAUCCACAGGAUGUGGAGUGA